ACAGUUUGAACAGGAGGUGUACCGGGCGGUGGUGGAAGGAGGCUGGGACGGGACGGAUGACAGUACAGACCUGGUCACAAAGUGGACAUUUCCUGGUGCCCUGUUGUUUUCUGUGACUGUCAUCACUACUAUAGGUUACGGAGAUAUAGUCCCAAAGACCCGCGUGGGACAGGCAGUGUGUGUCGUCUAUGCCAUGAUCGGUAUCCCCCUCACUCUCCUCUGUCUGGCCAACAUAGGAGGCUUCCUGGCAAACCUCUAUAAGCUCAUCUGGCAAGCCAGCUCACGCCUGUGGAAACUUGUCGUCUGCAUGCCCAAAAAAAACAAAGAGUCCCUUCCCUUAGACCAGACCAAAGUGCCCGUGUGGGUGUCCCUGGUCACAAUGGGCGCUUACAUCCUGCUGGGCGCCGGAAUCUUUUCCAGCUGGGAGAAAGACUGGUCGUUUUUGGACGGUUCUUACUUCUGCUUCAUCACCCUCAGCACUAUUGGCUUCGGGGAUUUUGUGCCUGGUCAGGUGGGUAUAGAUCUGUGGUUGUUGUUGUUGUUGGUGGUGGUGAAAUUACAAAGUUCUAUAUUACAUAUAAUGUAA